UUAUAUAUCCUAGUAUAGAACUGAUGAUCCACAUUGGGCAGCUCUACCACUUUAAAAAAAAAAAACGCGCAGUGGGCGCGUCCUGCGCAAUUGACCAAUUAAAAGAGGCGGGGAGGCGGAAGCCGCUACUAACACGCAGUCACUGGAGAGCAGCACGCGACAGGCAGAUGUGAGACAGAGCAGCGCGGUUAAAUGCAGGUGUUUAUGGUCGAGAGACUGAAGUGAGUGAGGUGGAGGCACAACGCUGAUGGCUCCCUAAGCGGAUUAACGCCUUCAUGACUGAGUAAAAAACCCCGGAUGUAAGAAGUGUGAUUAGCCGAGCGCGCACCCCGAGCCUAUAGUGAAGGAUCAGUGUCAUGGUGCAGGAGUGACCGGGAUGACCAAAACCCCCUCCAGCGCUGCUCCGUGUCCGCGUGUUGGAGACAUGAUCCAGAGUUUACACUGGCCCCCUCAGCCAGCGCAGCAGAGCCGUGUUGUGGCCCUGCGUGCUCCUCCUCCUCCUCCUCCUCCUGAGCUGGUUGUGACCUGUGAGCCCGGUGUGGCCCAAACCGAGCACCGGAACACGAGCGGACUUUCCUGCGGCUCUCAAGCCGAUGAGGAGUCGCAGUGCUCGGACAGCGGCUUUGGCGGCUCCCCCGCCUCCUCUCUCGGGCUGAGAAAGCUCUCAGAUUGCUCCUCUGUGGGCCUUUCUCCUUCCUCCAGUUUUGAGGAGUAUGAGGAGGAGUUUCCUGGGAAUACUGACCGGAAGGACACGGCGACCCGGAGCGAUGCGGAGAAGAAUAAAAACAUGGUAAACUGGUCUCCGGUUGUGGUGCCGUUAAAGGAGCGUGCUCCCUGGGUCCAAGUGGUUGGCCAUGCAGGUAAUUUUCAGACAGCUGGUGAUGGGAAGCUCCUGAAGAAGUACUGUGCGAGCGAGCAGCAGUGUCUGCAGCGUCUCAUGGACGAUGUGCUGCAGCCCUUUGUGCCGAGGUACCACGGCGUGACCCGGCGAGACGAGCAGGAGUACAACCUCAUGGACGACUUGCUGUCUUUCUUUGACUCGCCCUGCAUUAUGGACUGCAAAAUGGGAAGCCGGACCUACUUGGAGGAGGAACUGAAGAAAGCACGGAAGCAUCCUCAGCCUCGCAAAGACAUGUAUGAGAAGAUGAUAGCGGUGGACCCCGAGGCUCCGACUCCAGAGGAAAAAGUCCAGCAAGCGGUACUUAAAACCAGAUACAUGCAGUGGAGGGAGACGCUGAGCUCCACAGCCACACUGGGCUUCCGCAUCGAGGGCAUCAAGAAAUCGGACGGCUCGUGUAACACCAAUUUUAAAAGGACAAAGUAUAAGGAGGAAGUGGUGCAGGCGCUGGACGACUUUGUUGACUCCAACGUCACACUGCUGAGAAAUUACCAACAGAGACUGAAGGAGCUGCGGCUGGUCCUGGAGAAAUCCCACUUCUUCAGAACUCAUGAGGUGGUGGGCAGCUCGCUGCUGUUCGUUCAUGACCAGAGCGGCCGUGCCGGCGUGUGGAUGAUCGAUUUUGGGAAGACCGCGUCGAUGCCUCCUCCUCUCACGCUGGACCACCGCAGCCCGUGGGUGGAGGGAAACCGGGAGGACGGCUACCUCUGGGGCCUGGACAAUUUUAUUGACCUUUUAACUGGAAUGCUGGCUGUGCAGUGAGAAUGAAUGCAUUUUAUUUUCUCGGAAGCGAAUGUGUAUAAAUGUAACAGUGUAAAUAGAUUUUUAUUUCAUUUUAUUUUUUAAAAUGGUGCAGUUUCUAUUUUGUGGGUUGGUAUUUAGCUCAAAGAUGGAACCAGUAACUUUGUGUCUGAUUUUUAAAAAAAAAAAAAAAAAAAUUGUACUGUAGGUUCCAGUAUUUCCAGUGCUGUUAUUUUUAAAGAAAUGGUGUCUUUAAAAUCUGCUCAUUAGUGUGUUCUUGUGGCAUUCUGCUGUUAUUUUGCAACCAAAGUUAAUCAAAGGUGCUUGUUAAACUGGUGCACCAAUUACUGACAAAAAAAAUAGAUUUGUUUAAAUUGUGUAUUUUUUUUUAUUUUAUUUUUUUUCCUUUAUGCUGCCUCAUAACUGUUUGUGAGUUUGUAACUCGUACCCUGACCUAUGCUGUACUACACAUUCCUAGGUGAUUUUACUUGCAAGAAAAAUGAGUGGCUCUGUCAAACAGGACCAGAGAACUGUUUAUACAGCAGUGUCUUUUGGGCCCUACGUGGAACUUCUUGUUCUUUUUAAAUCCUGUAUAUAGUCGAUGUGUUUGUGCCUUGUUUCCUACUGUGGACAUGAUCAUGAUUCUGUGAUUUUAGAUUUCUGUGAAUCGAGUUGAUACCACUACAGAUUCCCGUGCUGUCUGUUUGUUGAUUGUUGUUUUUUUUGUCAACACAAUAAAUGUUAACUGGUGUUGGUAUGA